CCUUUAGGAAAUGCUUUUUUUAAAACUUUCUCUUGUUUUUUAGCCAGCCACUGAUAUGUGUUUGAUACACUUUUAGGAUAUACGCUUAAUAUUGCACCGGUUGGACUAUAUGUUGGAUUCUGAAAUCAAUUCACUGCUUCAAAUUGAAAACUCUAGGAGCUAUAUUUUGCCACCAACGCUGCAACUUUCUGUUGUUCCAUCAGGAUUACCAAUGCUAGAAUCUGUAUGGAUUCUAUCAGCUGUUCGCCUACUGAUGCUUAUGUGCCAAUUUAGUGAGACUGGAGUCAUACACUCCAUACAAAUCUAUACAAAAUCAAAGUGGUUGGCAAUGCAGUGAUGCUCGGUGAAAUCAUAAACUACGUGCAGUCCCUACAACGACAAGUUGAGUUUAUGUCCAUGAAACUGGCCACCGUGAAUCCCCAGGUGGACUUAAAUAGCCUGCCUAACGUCCUCCCUAAAGAUGUACAUCAGUCUUGUGGUCCGCCACAUUUCUCGCUGGAGACCUCAGGCGCUUCGUUGUCGUACCUCAGCCAGCCUCACCAUGGAAGCCCUCUUGGCUGCAUGGACAACCAGAGUUGUAUGCAUCCACUUGACACGACGUUUUGCCUGGCGAUAAAUCUGCAGUAUCAUUUCCUCAACGGUGUUAGCGAUGCAUCGUCUCAGUUGCAGCUAAUUUGAUGCUUGUGUUUAUGGAAACCAAGAGGUGGCGCUGAUUCAUUGGAAACCUGGUUGUGUAUGAAUGGGUUUCCAGCUACUUCUAUUCUUGCAGAUAGAAACCAACAUGUUUGGUUUUUGUUUUUAUUCGCUUUAGAACAACUCAUUUUUGUACGAAAAGAGCCAUUUAGCUAUAAUUGUUUGUUGUAGUAUGUUUACCGCAGGAUAGCCGAUUCCAUGAAAUACAUAAAAACCUGAUACUGUUGCUAUAUUUGGUUUAGUCAUGCUCUUAUGGAACCUUUAAUGAGGAUUUUUCUAUAUCAAGAUAUCAUCUUCAUCGUCA